CCUGGGUGUAUGAUAGAACGCAUUUGUUACUCUUACGUGAAAGGCCACUAGCAUUCUAUCGUCUAUCUUAAGGUAUUAUAACCGAUCCAUAGACACAUUGUUAGAUAUUCUUUGACGCCGUAAUAGGCAAUGCUAACCCCAUCGCCCGGUCAGGAUCCGGAAGAGUCCCAUUCCCAGUUCUACUAUUGAGCAAAAUAUGGACAUCGAGCAAAAUAUGGACACCAAGCAAAAUAUGGACACCGAGCAGCGCAUCUCGAGAAAUUUCGUCAUCGGCAUCUCUGGAAACGUCUCGUCCGGCAAGUCUACUCUGGCAAUGCUCUUAGACGCCGUCAUCCAGGAAGCCCUCACGGCAAUACCCUUAGAAUCCCCUACAGCUUGCUAGGAUAGAACUGACAGGGGCCUUCGACCUUGCCACGCCGUAAUUCACCAGGAUUAUUUCCAGAUCCCUGAAAAAGAGCUGCUUGAAACCAGAACAGUGACAUAUACCUCCCUACAGCCGGAGCCCGAGGACUGGGGGUUGACGAUAAACCAUGGCUCCUGGGAUCCCCCAACUUACAAGGUCAUCAAUCGUUGCAACGCUAAAUGCUACUAUACGAAAUUGUUCGCCCGCAUGGCCCACGAUCCAGACCCCAGCUACGACACCACGGGGUUAUACAAGGUUUUGGACGUCGAGGACCAAGCUUCCGUCCUAGGCCGAGCUUUCCAGCAGAUCUCGGAGAAGACUAUACAGAAAGCGGCCGAAAUCCUGAGACACGAGCUGAUGACCAAGGUCAUUAUUAGGCCAGAGUGCUCCUUCAUGUAUUCGCACAUACAGUUGGGAAAGCCAGGAGAGAAACCCACCGUAUCUAGACAGUUCACAAUCGUCGAAGGGUCUUUGCUGCUCGCUCGCCAAGGGUACAAUAAGGUCGGCUGGUCACCCGCGGGAACCGCGAUAACCUCACUGCGGGACUUGCAAUCCAUACAAGACCGUCUCGACGUGUGUCUGUAUUUAGACCUGGACCCCAGAUCGGCAUAUGAGUAUCGCUUCCAACAGCCAAAGUACGCAGGAGCGGUAUGGGGCGAUGGCGGGAGCGGGGAUGAGAGACUGAGUCGUGCGUAUUUUUGGAAUGUUGCUUUGUACGUUAUCCAUCCCCUUCCUUUUCACCUUAGGAACUUACCUACCUCACCUAACUACAUCUCCUUCUACUUCCACGAUGCCGCCGCAUCCAUAUUUCAUUCCACACCAAUUUAACCCUUUUUAUCAUAUAGGCCGCAUCAUGACUCUCACCACAAGCAUUUCCGUUGGGAAGAAUUUUACCUUUUCCAAAGCCGGAACCAAAAAAAGGACAUCUUUCCCAACGAGAAUUUCAAGGGCAUAUUCGUGCGGCCUACAGAUGUGGUGACAAUCGAAGACACAUUGUUAUGGGCUGCUGAGGUCGUUGGCGUACAACUAGGGUGGAGGUUGGGCGUGGAUUAUGAGAUAGAGAAGGGGGGGCUGAGGGCGAUGGACAGCCAUAGAGAAGAGGGGGUCUGCGUAUGAUUACCCAAAAUACAUACUCUCUCUCCACGUGCCUGGUCCUUUGUGGGAGUCUUCAUCUAUUCGCUAUGUGGGGGUAGGAGGUAUCACCGGCCGGCUUCGGGGUGCGUAUUAGCUAGAGCUAUGCUACGAAGUAAUAGGUUAAGCCACCGGCUUCAAUUCGUUGUUCUCGGAAUGAAACGUCCUCUAUUAGCACGCGCCUUGCGUAUUUGCCUAUACUACCUACAUAGCUAGGCGUCCGUCUGUCUUGCAGUAACUCGUGAUGCCAUUCACCAAUAGGGCUGAACUGGGCUGGGCUGGGCUGGGCUUGGCUUUGCUAACUUGCUUGCUCUCGGACUGGGUAUCCUUCCCUCCC